AUGUCGAACUGUGGAGUUUGCUUCAUUUUGAAGCAUUAUUUGGACUCAUUUGGACGAGAUGUGGAAUGCGAAAGCUGCGGUACUCUCUGGCGAAUUCCCCUGGAAAACCGAUUUUCAAAUGUCACACAAGAAGAUUCGUACGAAGAAGGGCCAUCCUCACGGCCUCAUUCAAGAGCAUCAUCUGGAGAUUCCUCUGGCUCCUCGAACUAUCAGUCAGGACUUUCAAAUACUUCCGCUCGACGGAAAACUCCUGUUCGUCGAAAAUCUGCUCCGGUAUACGAAGAUAAUGGACGACCACCUAAGCAACUUCUCUGUCCAAAUCCUUGGUGUACUUACCAUAUUGAGGUGAAGAAAAGUGAAAGAGCUUCGGAAGGACUUUUGAAGAGCCACAUCAUCUCGUGCCAAAAGAACAAGGAUGCAAAAAGACGAUACAAGAGCGUGGUGAAAUCUUCGGGCAUGAAAAGUGGCAUCUACGUUCCCUACGAGCAAGAUGCAUUUGAAGAAGCACUCCUGGAUUCUUCAACCCAGCUCGCAAUGAUCAAAAGUGAGCCAGUAGAAAACUGA